CAGCCGUGAAAAGUCCGUGGCUGCCGGUGCCGCUGCCUCCGCUGGCCUCGGGCAAUUUGCUGCGGGCCGCGGGGCUGCGGGAGCGCCCGGCGGGCGGCUCGGGGCGCUGUGGGGCUGCGGCAGCCGCGGCCCGGCCCGGGACGGCUCCAUCCCGGCCGCCUUCCCGCCCCGGCCGCCGCCAUGGCGCUGUGCGGGGCUUUCCACAGCUUCCUCUUCGAGUACGACACCCCGCGCAUCGUGCUGAUCCGGAGCCGCAAAGUGGGGCUCGUCAACCGCGCGGUGCAGCUCGGCAUCCUCGCCUAUGUGAUCGGGUGGGUUUUUCUGUGGGAAAAGGGCUACCAGGAAACAGACUCUGUGGUCAGUUCUGUAACCACGAAGGUGAAGGGUGUAACACUGACAAACACAUCCACCUUGGGAGCCAGGGUCUGGGAUGUAGCUGACUAUGUCAUCCCUCCUCAGGGUGAGAACACUGUGUUUGUCAUGACCAAUGUGAUCCUCACACUGAACCAGAGCCAAGGCCGCUGCCCGGAGCUCCCAGAUGAUCAAACAAAGUGCGAGGUGAAGAACAACUGUGUUCCAGGAUAUGUCAGCACCUACAGCAGUGGCAUCCAGACUGGGGAGUGUGUUCCAUACAACAGCAGCAUUAAGACCUGUGAAGUCUUUGCGUGGUGCCCCGUGGAGGAUGACUAUCACAUACCCAAGCCAGCGUUCCUGCAAGAAGCUGAGAACUUCACCCUUCUGGUGAAGAACAACAUUUGGUACCGCAAGUUCAACUUCAGCAAGCGAAACAUCCUCCCCACUAUCAACUCCACAUACCUCAAGAACUGCAUCUAUGAUGCCCAGACUGAUCCCUUCUGCCCUAUCUUCCGUUUAGGGAAAAUAGUUGAAGCUGCAGGGCAGGACUUCCAGGAAAUGGCUGUGGAGGGUGGAGUCAUGGCACUGCAGAUCAACUGGGACUGCAACCUGGACAGAGCUGCUUCCCACUGUGUGCCAAAAUAUUCCUUCCGGCGCCUCGACAACAAGGACUCUGCCCACACCGUCUCACCCGGCUACAACUUCAGGUUUGCAAAAUACUACAAGAAUAGUGAUGGCACUGAAUCACGGACGCUUGUCAAAGCUUAUGGCAUCCGCUUUGAUAUCAUAGUGUUUGGAAAGGCAGGAAAAUUUGAUGUAAUUCCUACCAUGAUUAACAUCGGCUCUGGCUUAGCGCUCUUUGGUGUGGCAACAGUGCUGUGUGAUGUUGUUGUUCUGUAUUGCAUGAAGAAGAGAUACUACUAUCGGGAGAAGAAGUACAAAUAUGUGGAGGAUUAUGAACUGGUAAGCAUCAAGGAAGGCAGGGUAAAGGCAGAAUUGCUUCCUCCUCUGACUCCACAGAGAUUCUGAAACAGGAUGUAGAAAGUCCACAUCAAAUAGGGAUUUUGAACCACAGUUCUAAGGAAACUUUGUCUUCGUCAGAGAAGCUAAUUUUUACCUCAAAGCUGCUGCAGGGAAGAGCACUAGAAACAAAUAUUGUCAGGUUUCCUGGGUAACCACUCUUGGAGAAGAAAAUAUAUGUUCAAGAACUUGUUGUGCUCCUACUGCACCUCCUUUUUGGGUUGCAGUCAUUAGCUUUUGCCUUCUAAGAGCUGUAGGGAACAGCCCUGUUCCCAUCAAAUCCUUCCUUCUUGACUUUUGAGGUUCCUGCAGUUGUGAGAAAAAUCAUUCAGUGGGUUGGUAUUUUCUGAGACCAGUGUGCUGCAGUUACAGUUACAGCUCCCUCCAGGGAUGAAAUGAUCUGUUUGGUCAGUAGGAUUUAGUUGGUUGCUUGACUGGUGCUGAGGACAGAGCUCAGCCCUACAGCCCUGUGCUUGGUAGGAAUUGUGGCUGCAGAGGGCAGAUUUCUCAAUCAAAACACCUUGUGUCACUGGAAAAGUCUGAGUAACAGGAAGUAGCUUGCCUGGGCAAAGGAUUUUAUGUGAUUGGAAGGGGAAGAAAGAAGAGUUUCUGGCAGAGAACUGUAAUCUCUGAUCC